AUUACUCCUUUUUUCUUUUUCUUCUGCUUUCUUUUUUAUCCACAGGAGGACGCCGAUUUGGAUGAUAUUAACUUGGGUGCCGGAACCAAUACCCAGCAACCAGGUCUUGGUGGCGCCGGUGGACAACCAGCACCAGUUUUCGCGAUGCCACCACCAAACCAAUCAACCGCCACUGGCGUGAAUCCAUUUACGGGCGCACCAGUGGCUGCUGCUACAGAGAAUACAUCGCUCAAUGCUACCGAACAGCCGACAUAUACGCCAGGUAUAUAAGACAAAUAAAACUAAUUUAGUGGAUAAAUUAAAAAAAAAUAUAUAAUAACAUACAAACAUUAAAAAAAGAUUGAAUUACGAAGCUCUAAUUAACAUGUUCACGAGAAGGUGUUUGGAAAAGAUGAUGUUAAUAAAGAUCGUUAUUACUUAA